GCCAACAUGUCCGUACAGAUCAACCGCACAACUCCUUCCAAGCAGCCCCUGAUGUGGCGUGGCACGUCGUCUAAUGAUGAAGAGCUGCUCCCUCUCGUGGACUCGCCAGCACAUUCCUACACGACCAGCAUCAGCGUCCAGCAAACACCCAAGGCAGAUUUGCCUCCUCAACAAACUGGCACCAUGCAGCCUCCAAUGACGGCCAAGUUCAAUCCAACCGAGCACCAUUUGAGUGCCGAAAGCGUGUCGUUUGCAUUCUCGCCGACGUCGCAUCCCCAGUUGCCUCGUCUUGCCGUGCCCUUGUGCGACGACCUCACGCACCUCAAUGGCCAGCUCGAGCCAGAGUACAUCCACCUGUCCAUCUUGGAUCCGUUCUUUGACGUGACCCCGUCCCGCCUGCAUUUGGCCUUUCACGAAGCCGACCCGACGGACUCGGGGGUUUUGACGCCCGAUCAAUUCCGCGCCGCGCUGGAGAGUGUGGGGAUUCGAUGCCGCGACGAAGCGGUGUUCCAGACGCUGCUGGGGAGCAUGUCCCACGGCCCCGCGAUCUCCAAGGCAGACUUCGAGCGCAUCGUCCAGAAACUCAAGCUGGGCAACCUCUUUGAAGAAGGCACGAUGGCUUUGUUCCGCGGCGCGGAAAACUCGAAUCAGUCCCGCAUCGAAGUGUGCGACUUUUCGUCCAAGCGGCUGGCGCUGUACAAACCCGAACUGCGCAGCUUCUUCACGACCGAGCCGGCGCCGUGGGUGUCCUGCCGCUGGAUCAACAUGCAAGGCCAUGAUCACCUGAACCUCAAGCGCCUCGCUAUCAAGUACCGCCUCCACCCGCUGGCCAUGGAGGACACAAUCGAACUGAACGAACGGCCCAAGUUCGACACGUACGCCACGCAUCGCUUUGUCGUGUUCCCCAUCCUCCACCACACGCUGCGCCAUCGACCGACUGCCGCCGACGCUGACUUGGCCCAACCACCCCCCCCGCCGUCGACCGGAAGGCUCGAGAAAGCCAACUCAAAGACGUGGCUGCCGGCGUCCACGCGGGCACGCCGUCGGACGUUAUCGUCGGAAACAGACGAGCACUUUGCGUUGACGGUGGAGCACGUGGCUAUCUUUUUGGUGGGCGAUCACACGCUCAUCACGGUGAAACCGUCAAGCGAGGACGAUGCGUCGAUUUGGCAGGCGGUGCACCGGCGGUUGGCGUCGACGUACUCGAAGGUGCGGCACAACGACGCCAACUUCCUGCUCUACUCGGUGCUGGAUGUGAUCGUGGACCAGAUGACUGGCGUCAUGGACGACGUCCGAUCGUACCUGAUGCACCUCGAGCAACAACUGGACACGCUCCUCCAUCGCUUUGACAUUGAAACCCUUCGGGACGUGCACAGCGAACUGGGCCAGCUCCCCCGUGUGAUCAAACCGACUCGAGACGUGCUCAAGAGCUUACUGGCCAGCCGCGACCUGCCAGACACGACCAAGGCGUACCUUCGCGACGUCCACGACCACUUGAACCACAUUCUGGACGAGAUCGAGUGGCAGUUUCAAAUGUGCAAGAGCAUGACCGAAGAGUAUCGAGAUGCCAAAGCUACGCAGACCAACUACGUUGUGUACGUGCUCACGAUCGUCACCACGGUGUUCCUCCCCGCGCAGUUUCUCACGGGCGUCUACGGCAUGAACUUUGGUAUAGUGUACUGUACAUACCCCCCUAUAUAUAUAUAUAUAUAUAUUGAACACGGGUGGGUUUUGUACGGUAGAUUACAUGCCCGAGCUGCAUUCCCCGUACGGCUACGUUGCAUUUUGGACGAUUUUGCUCAGCUGCACCAUCUCGAUGCACUUUUACUUCCGCCACAAGCAGUGGGUCUAAUGAAGAUGACGCGGCCAAAGCAACUCCGUCUGUCUGACGUGGCACAUAGACCCAUACAUGCAAUGGUGUUGAGAUUGUACAGAUAUGUACGACAUACUACCAGUUUGGAAUUUACAGUUAGACGACGCGAAAUGUUUCAAAUAUUAAGUCGAAGUAUAUUACUGUACUAUUAUUAAUAGUAUUAAUAAUAGAAAUAAAGGUGAUCUUUGAACCGGAA